AUGUCAACCAACGGCGUUACCGAAGUUUAUAUUGUGCGUCGAUCGAAAGAUGGAAAGAGAAAGGAUCCCUUGUCAAAGAGACUCCAUGACUUGACCAAAGCAAACCAGACCGAAACGACUGAAGCACAGAAUGUCAAUGUACCAAUUACACCGACCAACCAAGGGGAUCAGAAAUGGACAAGCAUUCCUACCCAGGCACAAUAUGAACGUGUGAAACCACCGCAGAAUGUGCCUGUAGCCACACUUGCACACGGGUUGCAAAAAGUCUUGUUCAACCCUGGUGUCCAUUAUUUAAAAGACCCUCGCACCAAAGAAUUUAACUUUACACCUUACCUCGAAAAUAUUACACAGCCAGUCGAUUUUGAUUAUGAAGCACUCACGCCUUAUAUCACUUCUUCCAGAGAUAAUAGUUUAAUAGAUUUAGCCAAAGACAUGAAUCAACGGUAUAUUGGAUCCACUUCAUCUGUUUCUGCAGUAUUGUCUCAUUUCUACUUUGUGAUGUCAAACUUUAAAGAGGUCAACACAUCUUGCUUGUCACGUGCUUUUGAUAAAGAGUCGACGAAAUUUACCCGAGGAUCACGUACAGCAGCUUCUAUUUAUUUAAGAUGGAAAGAUGGGGUAUAUGCAGUGGACGUAGAUAAGUCUCAUGAUGUAGAUGAAACAGUUUUAUCCAUCAUGGGUAAGUCACUUGAGAAAGUAUUGACACUAGAACCAAAUGAUUUCGAAAGAUUCUUGAAAGAAAAUUCUUCUGAAAUUACUGAACAAGAAAAGAACCAGCCUGAAUCUUAUGCUUACGGAAAGCUGGGUAAAUUCUUGUUAAGAUCACAACUCGAUUGUUACGACUCUAGAUUGCCAAGAGGCACUUUUGAUUUAAAGACAAGAGCGGCUACACCAGUUCGUUUGGAUAUUCAGAAUUAUUCAGAUUAUUUAGGCUAUAGUUUGAAGCGUGCUCACGGAUUGUACGAGUCAUUUGAACGUGAAUAUUACGAUAUGAUACGAUCAGCGUUUUUGAAAUACAGUUUCCAGGUACGCAUUGGACACAUGGAUGGCAUUAUGGUUGCGUAUCACAAUACACGCAAGAUUUUUGGCUUUCAAUAUAUCUCGAGAGAAGAAAUGGACUCUCGUCUUUUCGGAUCAACCAAAGUAGGAGAUAGUGUGUUUCGUAAUGCUCUCGUUAUGUUUGAAUCUAUUUUAGACAAGGCUACAGAAAAAUAUCCACAACAAACUUUGAGAAUUUCAUUUGAUACACAUGCUGAUAAAAAUUCGGGAAAUGCAACGACCAAUGUUUUCGUGGAAGCUGUCCCCACAGAUGCUGCAACCACUGACAAUAAUAAUAUGGAUGAGUUCUUUCAGACUGAAGCUGAAGAUUCCGUACUGGACCCCUUUGAUCAGAUCUCUCUCUAUCAAUUAAACACUCAAUCCUUAGUGAAUGGUGUCUUAGUAGAAGGUCCUCUUAAAAUGGAUAAGCCAUCCAAGGAUCAUUGGCAAGUUCGAUAUAAAAUCAAAGAAUCCGAAUUAGACAAUGUUCAGAUAAAGACUAAAUUCACUGCUAUGCGUAAACGCCAAGCCGAUGUAUAUACACCCAGUGCCAAAAAGAACCCAAUGUUAGAAAAGUUUAAAAGCAUGAGUGAGGAAGUAUUGAAACGAGAAAAAUUCGGCAAAUACAACAAUCACCAUGGAAAAAGUAAUUUAUAA